AUGGGAAUUGAGUCGACAUCACUAGUACCGUCGCGAAGAAAAUGCGAAAACCGAAGGACGACCGUAAGACUCGAAAGACCGCAUGCCUGCUUCAAUGGCAGCAGUGAAGAGGUUGUCGAUGCAGUUGGUGUCAGAAUCCUGGUUUUCUGGGCGAAGGCGGUCGGGAUGUGCGAUCAAACGCGAAUGCGCAUUGGUAAGGGUGACACGGGUGAAACAGAUCUCUGGGAGUUGAAGGAGGAGAAGGAGGGGAAAGUGUUGAGUAUGGUCCACCAGAGAGAGAAUCGGAAAGCCGAGCCGCGAGACCCUCCGAUGAUGGAAUUCGUCUGUUGA